AUCAAGAGCAUCCAACACCAUUCCCCAAACAAAUCCUUCAAGAAGAUUUCUCAAAAGUCAGAAAGAGAAAGAUGAAGAGUGACUCCAUCGCCGUUGAUGUCCCUGCAGAGUCCAGCUCAGCCAUUAAAGGCAAAGCUCCUCUCCUAGGUUUAGCCCACACUGGCUCAGGAGGUUACAAGAGAGGCCUCUCCAUUUUCGAUUUCCUGCUCCGUUUAGCAGCCAUUGUUGCUGCCUUAGCUGCUGCUGCCACAAUGGGGACUAGUGACGAGACUCUCCCUUUCUUCACUCAGUUUUUACAGUUCCAAGCUAGCUACGAUGAUCUUCCAACUUUCCAGUUCUUCGUGAUUGCUAUUGCAAUGGUCGCAGGUUACCUUGUCCUGUCUCUUCCCAUCUCAGUCGUCACUAUUGUUCGUCCUCUAGCCGUCGCUCCGAGACUCCUCUUGCUUGUUCUUGACACUGUGGCUCUGGUUCUGAGCACUGCGGCUGCUUCCGCGGCAGCAGCUAUAGUGUAUUUGGCACACAAUGGGAAUCAGAACACAAACUGGCUUGCGAUCUGCCAACAGUUUGGAGAUUUCUGUCAGAAAACGAGCGGAUCUGUUGUCUCAGCAUUUGCCUCAGUCACCUUUAUAGCCAUUCUUGUCGUCAUCUCUGGCGUCUCUCUCAAAGGGUCCUAAUUCAACAACACACUCUUUAAGCGUAAGAAGAAACAUUGCUAAGGGUUUAGCAUUUUGUGUGUAAUGUUUAUACGCAAGAAAUUAUAUUGUGAUUGUGUGCUCCUGGUGACUCUGUAUUGUGUUUCACUGUUUUGUACUAAUCUCGUUUACAUGUUAUAAACUUGAAA